AUAUUUCAACUUGUUUAAUCUUUCUUUCUCACUAGGUUUUCUAUUUGGAGACACACAACGGGGGUGAUUCUGGAGAAUCUUUAAAUCGAAUCAUCCAUCGAGAGAUUUGCGAACCUCUGUGUUCGUGUAAUCGAUCGAUUUGGUUUGAUAGAUUUGUAAUUUUUUCUUGUUUUUCUGGGAAAAUCGGAGGUUAAGUCUUCAAUUUGUUAGGGAAUAGUAGUCAUGUUUUUGGUGGAUUGGUUCUAUGGAGUUCUGGCAUCGUUAGGUCUAUGGCAAAAAGAGGCUAAGAUCUUGUUUUUAGGGCUAGAUAAUGCUGGCAAAACCACUUUGCUUCAUAUGUUGAAAGACGAGAGACUUGUUCAGCACCAGCCAACACAGUAUCCGACGUCUGAAGAACUGAGUAUUGGGAAAAUUAAGUUCAAAGCUUUCGAUUUGGGAGGGCAUCAGAUCGCUCGUAGAGUCUGGAAAGAUUACUACGCCAAGGUGGAUGCUGUUGUGUAUCUGGUGGAUGCUUUCGACAAGGAAAGAUUUGCAGAAUCGAAGAAAGAACUGGAUGCACUGCUGUCAGAUGAAUCGUUAGCGAGUGUACCUUUCUUGAUCCUGGGGAACAAGAUUGACAUCCCAUAUGCAGCCUCAGAAGACGAGCUGCAAUACUUCAUGGGUCUAAGUGGGCUGACGACCGGCAAGGGAAAGGUAAACCUGGAAAACUCAAGUGUGCGUCCUCUUGAGGUGUUCAUGUGUAGCAUUGUGCGGAAAAUGGGUUAUGGUGAAGGGUUUAAGUGGGUAUCUCAGUAUAUCAAGUAGACAUACAAACAUAAAGAAGAAGUUGGUUUGAAAAAGGUUGGCAUUAUUUCCUAUUACUAGUACUGGUACUGGAGUUGUCUGUUUGCAAAUACUGUGUUAUAUAUAAUAUACAUUUCUCUUGUUAUUGGUUCAUUCA